AUGGACCAACGCCCCGCAGACACCUUCCCGUCGAUCAAGGUCGGCAGCCAGAGCACCAGCGACUGGCAGGCGGUGCGGCAGACUACCAACUACCAGAGCAACGGGCCCGUCACCGACGUGCAGUCGUCGCAGAUGACGUGCUACGAGCUCAACCCGGGCCGCGCCGCCCCGCUGACCGUCAACGUCACGGCCGGCUCCACCGUCGCCUACACGGCCAAGACCUCCAUCAGCCACCCCGGUCCGCUCUCGGCCUGGCUCGGCUUCGUGCCCCAGGGCAAGACGGCCGCGUCGUGGGACGGCUCCGGCGCCAGGUGGUUGAAGAUCCUGCAGGACAAGCCCGGUGUUGGCAACAACGGGCUGACAUGGCCUACUCAAGACAAAACCAGCGUCAACGUCCCAAUCCCCAAGUGCAUCCCCAGCGGCGACUAUCUGCUCCGCAUCGAGCACAUCGCUCUGCACAGCGCGGGCUCCGUCGGCGGCGCCCAGCUGUACAUCUCGUGCGCGCAGAUCACCGUCACGGGCGGGACCGGCACGUCGGCGCCUUCAGCGAGCAUGGUGUCCAUCCCUGGAGUGUACAACGCCCGAGACCCCGGCCUGCUCGUCAACAUCUACUAUCCCGUCCCGACCAACUACAAGGGUCCGGGCCCUGAUCCGUUCACGUGCUGA